AUUGGAACAAGCGAUGCUUCAAAAAUAGGUACUUAUCAUGCUUAAAUGGUCUAAGGAUAAAAAAGAUGAACAACCUACAGAUUGGCCUAAAUAUGCUGAACAUUUAGAACAUUGUGUUGACGAUGUACGACGUGUCGCAAGUGAUGUACACAGAGGUCUAGUGCAAAAUGUUCUCGUCAGUAAGAAAAAUAAAAAGUAUCCUGAGUAUGUGCUGUCAACUAUUUUAAAAGAAUCCGUCGAUAAACCCAAUACAGAUGAUCGACUUUUUGUUUGUGUCACUCGUGAAGCUAGUAAAGCUUUGUUAACUCUAUCUACAUAUCAUCGAGAUCAUGAGAAUAGAGUAGAACGUCAAAUUGUUGAACCUUUAAAUCGUCUAACUGAAGAAACAUGUGUCAACAUUACAAAAGGUCGACGUAAUUUACAAAAAUGUUUAACAGAUGUUCGUAAUGCACGUGGACAAUUACAAAAAACUAUGCAAUGUAUUCAAACAAAUACAAAUUCAAAUUAUCCUGGUUCUUGUAAUCCAUCUGUGACAAUUGAUGCAGUCAAUAGAAUUAGUCAAGCUCAACAUCAAUUAGAAGAGAAAAAAAGUGAAUUAGAAUCUUCAAAAGAACAAUUACUUCGUGAUCUGUAUUCAUUCGCCGCCGAAGAAGAAAACUAUUCACGCCUGAUACUUAAAUACUUUGAAUUACAAGAAAAUUAUUUAUCGGAUAGUUUACAGUUGGUUCAAAAAGUGAUUUCCGAUAUAUCUCAAACUAUCAGAAUACAAAAAUGUCUUACUACAUUUGGCCGACAUCUACCUGAUCAUUUAGCCGAGACUAGACGAUCUAUCGCCUAUGUACUAGACGUAUGUAUUAAUUAUUUGGAUCAAGAAUCUAUCAUGCAAGAAGAGGGUCUUUUUCGAAAGUCUGGAUCCCAAAAACGGACAGACCUCUUAGUCAAAGCUUUAAAUAUCAUGCAAAUCGAUGAACAUUUACUUAGAAAAUGUGACUGUGCUGUUGUUGCUGGUGCUUUGAAACAAUAUUUGCUUAGUCUUCCUGAACCAUUAAUCACAUAUGAUUUUGCUGAUCAAUGGGCUGCUGCUUCUAAAAAACCGAAUUCAUCAGCGGUUAAUCUACAGUUAAUUCAUAGUUGCCUUGAAAAAAUGCCGAAGGAGUUUCGUUUAAAUUUAGGCUAUUUAAUGUGCUUCUUGCAGAAAUUGUCUAGUCAAUCAGAUGUGAAUAAAAUGACUUCUGAUAAUUUAUCAAUAGUGAUUGCACCAAAUGUGUAUAGACUUUCAUACUGUUCCAUGGGUACUGGUAAUAAUAUUGUCAAUGGCAGUUCAGCACGACAAAUUGAAGAUUUAGGGAAAUCUUUAGAUUUCUUACAAAGCAAUGGUCCAGGAAUUCAUUUAGUAGAUAUUCUUAUCCAAAAUGCAGAACAGUUAUUUGGUCAAGAACAAGCCUCGUUUCGUCUAACUCAUGUUCCACCUUAUUUCGGAAUAAAAGUUUCUUCACAGUGUCCAUCUACUACUGGCUCUGUACCUUCAUUGAAGUCAUCGAAUUCCGGCACUGGUGUUUCCCAUGGAUUAGAUAGCAAUACAAUAGCAAAUGAACAAUCAUCUCAGAAUGUUAACCAAUUAAUUGCUCCCAGAAAACCUAUUGGUGUUGAACAUGAUUCCGGUGUUUCUACUUCUCAUUCAACUCAGUCUGCUAUAACUUCCAGGAUGUCAAAUUUAAGUACUACUCCUAUACUUCAACGAAAGAAAAAUGCUGCUCCAAAACCACCAGUUCUUUUAAAUCCAACCAAUUAUUCAUUAACUCAUGUGAAUAAUAAUGAUCCUGAAAAAUCAGAAAAUCCCUCUGGCACUGACAUAGAAAACAAAAAUGAUGGUGAUAACAACAACAUUUGUAGCAGUAGUAAUUCAGAAGUAUCAGUUCACCAUUCUCGCCAUGAAAGUCUUCCACAACUUAUAAGUAGCUCAACCACAAACUGCACAGAAUUAACAACCAUUAAUCAUAGUCAAAAAUUGUCAUUACCAUCACAAAUGAUCACGCCGCCAACUAUUCAUGAAUUGAAACUGAGUAAAGAUCUACCACCUAAACGACCCCCACCACCUGAUGCUAAUUCUAAGUCGAUUAAUUCUACAUUAGAAUUAGAUACUGAUAAUGUAACUGUUAUGUAAUCCAUUGGUGUUCAACCAUAAUUGUGCUUGUUUGUUUUCUUUUCUACUCAACAGAAAUUAUUAUCCGUAUCCUUCCGCUUUUUUCAAGAAAUUUAUGAAAAUCCCUAUUAAUUGAUUGUCUAUAAUAUUUCUAACUACUACUACUUUUGUCGUUUGUAAGUAGUAAUAGUAGUAUAUUUAUGAAUAAUAUGUGUAAUUCAUGCUCAUUUCUCCUCUUCUAUCAUUUGAUAUUAGUGACUUUUUUUUUAAAAAUAUUCUCUAUCAUAAAUUUUCUGAUACGAAUCAUUCAUGUGUUUUGUUUUGUUUGUCAAAAGAAACUAUAAUAUUCCUAUUUAUUACAAAGUUGUAAACAAUAAACAAAUUUUUUUAUGCAUGAUUAUUCAUACAUAUGUAUCCAUUUGCCAACUUCAUCUAUAUUUGGCUUUAUGUGCAUCUCUAAUGUUACAACGACUUAAGUGAACAAUGAAUUUAUGUUUAAAUGGUCUCACUGAAUUGUUCUCAAUAAUGUUUGAUGUAUGUGUAUGUGCGUGUACACACUGCACCAAAGAUUUCAACUUCCUUCAUAAACCAACUUGUUUAUUUUUGUAUACUUAGAAAAAAAGUAUGAAAAUUAUUAAUUUUCUUUAGUGGCCUAAUACAUUCCAAGUAUAUUAUUUAGUAUUCAUGUUCACUAGUUUGUUGUAUCAGUUUAUAAUAUUGUACAAGAGAGUUGUUGUGAUUCUCGUAGGUUAAUACAACCAUAUAUAACUUGUAAUAAUGACAGUUCGGAGCAUAUGCAUAUCAGUUAUCGAAUUAAGUGACACAUUAUCUGUUGCCUGUGCAACAAGAAUCAGUUUCAACAUUACAAAUAGUCUCGUUAUAAUAUUAUCAUAUUCUUUAAUAUGUGUACACUAUAUACUGUUUUUAAAUCUAUAAUUUCAUGUUUGACUGCUUUUGUAUUUAAUUUUUUGAUUCAUUAAUGACUAUUCCAUUAUUUCCUGUUUUAGCUGUCACUAUGAUCACAUGCUUGAGCAUGAAACUUUGAUUUUGUUUUUUAUUCCUAAACUACUUGUACUUGUUUUGCUGUUGUUACUUUCUAAAUCUUUAAGAUAAUCGUCUUCCAUUUCCUUUACGAAAUAAGCAACAAAUAUUAUUUUUGAAAAAAAGCUGUUGUUUUCUUUGAAGCAAGUACUAAGUAAACAAAAAUAGACGCGACCAGAGUAGCAAACACUACUGCUACUGAUUGCUAUUACUAUUCUUUAGCCGAUCGUAGUUACUUUAAUUUAUGUCGUUAGUUCCUGGAAAUCCUCGCACAAUUUGUGCGGAUACAAUUAAUUGAAUUUUAUAUAGUCAUUAAUUUUUAAAUGUUAGUAGUUGUUGUUGGAGUUUAUUGUUUUUAUAAAUGAUUAUUCUGUUU